AUAGCUUCGGUUAGACUCCUGGAGUUCUCGCUUCAACAGUGCUUGAACGGAACUUCAUUGUCGCUCUGUUGCGUGUUUUCCUCGACAUUUCUAAAGUCUGUUAAAUAGAUUUAUUUAUUUUUGUACGUUUUGAUUAAAAAAAGAGACAAAACCAGCAGAAAUGUCUGAGUCUCAGAUUCGUCAGAACUACCACCGCGACUGUGAGGCCGCCAUCAACAAGAUGUUAAACAUGGAGCUGUACGCCUCCUACACCUACACUUCCAUGGCUUUCUACUUCUCCCGGGAUGAUGUGGCCCUCAACGGCUUUGCUCACUUCUUCAAGGAGAACAGCCAUGAGGAGCGCGAACAUGCCGAGAAGUUUAUGUCCUUCCAGAACAAGCGUGGCGGACGCAUCUUCCUCCAGGAUAUCAAGAAACCUGAGCGUGAUGAGUGGGGAACUGGACUGGAGGCCAUGCAGUGUGCUCUGCAGCUGGAGAAAAAUGUGAACCAGGCUCUGCUGGACCUGCACAAGCUUGCCUCUGAGAAGGUCGAUCCUCAUCUGUGUGACUUCCUGGAGACUCACUACCUGAACGAGCAGGUGGAGUCCAUCAAGAAGCUGGGUGACCACAUCACCAACCUCAGCAAGAUGGAUGCUGGCAACAACAGGAUGGCCGAGUACCUGUUCGACAAGCACACCCUGGGCGACAAGAGCUAAAUCUGCCUCGUGUUUAUCAUCAACUCCAGGAAUCUGCUCUUAAUGUUAGCGCUCUUGCAGAUUUAAUGCUGUCGUAUGGAACUUUAUAUAUUUCACUGUUCCAUGUAGCCUACAUGAAUGUAUUCGCUAUAAUUUAGCCCUGACUGAAUCUGAUGAAUAAACCUUUCUUGCUGCA